CACACACACACACACACACACACACACACACACACACACACACACACACACAUAGUAGUGGAGUGUGUUUGUUCUUUAGAGAGUCCUCACUCGGCAAAGCAAUAAAGGAGAUGAUUUCGGGCCGAGAGGCUAAUGCAUUCCGUUCCCACUGGUGACACACACACACACACACACACUCGGACUCCCCUUCACGAGCUCCCCUCCUACGCUGAGGGAAACUCUCUAAAACUCACUCCACCAAAACCUCCACCUUCAGAGCCCUUAAGAGGAACACACACACACACACACACACACACACACACACACACACACACACACACACACACACACACACACACACACACACACACAUAUCUGCGCACACACUCAUGCUCACACGCACGCUCUCAGUGGAAGUCAGGGCGCGAGCAUGGCGCAUGGACACACCGCGCCGCGCGCCUUUCUGAAGCGCCGAAUUUAACCGGAUCGACCUGUAGUAUAGCGCAUGUGUGUGUGAGUGUGUGUGUGUGUGAGUGAGUGAGUGUGUGUGUUCUGUCCCGAUAUGAAGCGGAGCUCAGCGCUCAGAUGGCUGCUCUUCUGGACGUUAUUUUCAGCGGGAUUAUUAAACCGGGAGACACAGAAACACUGCAGCAAGGACGAGACGAGAGAGCUGAACUCGUUCCUGUGGACAGUAAAACGUCCUCCCCCUCAGCCACCCUCCUACCUGUUCGGCACCAUCCAUGUUCCGUACACACGCGUGUGGGACUUCGUGCCUGAGAGCUCGAAGCGAGCCUUUCAGAGGAGCACAAGCGUGUUCUUCGAGCUGGACCUGACUGAUCCAGUCACCGUGUCCAAGUUGGCCAGCUGUCAGCUUUUACCUAACGGCGAGAGUCUGAGGAGCCUGCUGCCCCGGGACAUCUACGUACGGCUGAAGCGCCAUCUGGAUUACGUGAGGCACAUGAUGCCGGCAUGGGUGAGAGCUGAGCAGCGCUUCUAUGCUGACUACCUGUUUAAGGCCAUCGCCGGAGAUUGGGAGCGCAAGCGGCCUGUCUGGGUGAUGCUGAUGGUCAACUCGCUGACCGAGUGGGACGUGAGGGGCCGAGGAGCUCCGGUGCUCGAUCUGUUCCUCGCCCGUGAGGCUGAGAGCAUGGGCAAGAAGACUGGAGCUGUGGAGAACGUUGAGGAGCAGUGUCACCCGCUGAACGGACUCAGCUUCUCCCAGAUUCAUGAUGAUUUUAAGCAUCGAACUCAACGCUACGGAUGACGGCUGCGAUUUCCGGGUCGGUUUUAACGAAGUGCAUGUUAAAGUCCUGCUUUCACUCCAGCGCACGUUACACAAACAUUGUUGGACAUCAAAGACACAGAUUCAGGUUAAUAGAAAAAAAAACAGAUCGACUCGGAUUAGCGUUCCGAUGGAACAUCUUCUACAUGGAUCCAAGUGCUUGUGCUGAACUCACAGCUUUUAAAGAUUGAAGCAUGCCGGUUUUUUCCCACGCGAAAGCCGACACGAAUCCGCCUUCCUUCAGACGUCGUCUUGAUUAAUCGUGUCCAUCAGCAGGGCAAUCGUUUCAGGCUUACUCCAACCCGAAACCGGACCCGGACCCGGACCUGACCCGCUGAUCCUGUGCUUCAUCUCAUUAGAGAGAACAAAACCCCUCGCUCAGGGCGAUUGAGUAGAGAAUUAGACAUAAAAACAUGGAUGAUGUGGUGGAUGUGGUGUCCUGGCGGUUAAAGUGCAGGACUACAAAUCAGAAGGGAUUGAGAUCAAAUCUUAAGUCCAGAAGGCUGCUACUGAUGGGCCCCUGAGCAAGGCCCUUAACUCUGUAUUGAAAAGACUCAUCACACCCCAUCACUGAUUUUUUUCCUGCAGCAGCGUGUCUUGCUUUCUUUCUUUACUUCUCUCUUUCCUUCUCUGUCCUUCGUUCCUUCUUUUUUCUUCCUUCCUUUCUUCCCUCCCUCAUUCCUUCCUU